AAUUCAAACAAGAGAUCUACAAGCAUAUAAAGAGACACGACUUGCAUUAGCAAGAAUUGGUGUAGGUGUAACACAGGAAGCUCAAGAUAUUUUUGAUGCUUUGAGUAAAACGUUACCAUGUCGAUGGGCAGAUGAAAAAAUUGUUGUUUUGGACGAGGUUAUUAUUAAUCCACCUUAUGAUCUUGAAAAUUGUAAAGCAAGUUCGAGCGCUUCUGGCUCGCUGGCAAGAGUUCGGAAAGUGCUUGAAGGCGAGAAAAGAAGAUUGGCCAACAUUAGAAAACAAUAA